AAUUGCUCAAUGCUACAACUGUCUUGAAAUAUUUUUUUUUCAAAUUCCAGUUCUUUCAGUGAAUUAGCUGACAAAGUAUUAGUCUAUCUAGUCUAAGUGGCUCAUAAAAAAUAUCCAUGCGACCCAAAAAUGUAGUGGCUCACAACUACUUGAUGUACACUUUUCGAACAAUUAACCACAAACGUUCACUACCAAUUUGAGCAAUUUCUUUGGUGAUUUCUAUGUGACCAGACAAAAUACGUUGAAAUGUAGUCUGGGGCUGUGUAACAAUAUUGUAUAUUUGUUGUACUGUUAUCAUUGAUAUAUCAAUUUUUAAUUUUAUUUGUCACCAUUCCAAUAUUUACAUGGAAGAUAGAACUGUUCAAAAUUAAUUAAUUACAGUCUCGCCUGAAAUCCUCAAGCUCUACAUGGAAGGCGUAGUGAUAUAAUGAACUAUUUUACAUUCUUUUGUGUAAUAUUAUGAAUCAUAAAUUCAUUUCAACAGUAAAAACAUAUCUGAAAGUAAUGGAUGGAAUAUUUCUAUUAAUUUCUCUCAUUAUUAUAAAAUUAAAAAGAUGAUUUAAGGUCUAAAUAUUCAGAACUACUUUCUCUACUUGACCAUGAGCAGCUGAUUUGAUAAGAAAACAGGCUGUCAGCCCAGCUAGUGUUUUUGUUAUUGAAUAGUCAGUCUCAGUUGUAGUCGAGCUAAUGUCAAUUGAUUGAACAUAAAAAUUUCUUUGCGAUCGUGAAUUAUUCUUUGUUUAAAAGGAUUUAGAAAACUUGAUUUAGAUUUGUGUAUAUAUUUAAAUUUUUCAAUAUGAAAUUCCAAUAUAAAGAAGAGCAGCCUUUUGAAAAGAGGAAAAGUGAAGGCGAGAAAGUCAGACGAAAGUACCCUGACAGAGUUCCCGUGAUUGUUGAAAAAGCUCCAAAAGCAAGAAUCGGUGAUCUCGAUAAGAAGAAGUACUUGGUGCCAUCUGAUCUGACCGUCGGCCAAUUCUAUUUCCUCAUCAGGAAGCGUGUUCACCUCCGACCUGAAGAUGCUCUGUUUUUCUUCGUCAACAAUGUUAUUCCCCCAACAAGCGCAACUAUGGGAUCUCUCUACCAGGAACACCAUGAAGAGGAUUUCUUCUUGUACAUAGCAUACAGUGAUGAGAAUGUCUAUGGAAAUAACUUCUAAAUCGUUUCCAAAUAAUGUGUAAAUUUCCAAGUUUACUUAUUUCUUUAUUUCGAACGCAUGUGUUGGAAGUUUUAAUGAAGUUGAAAUUAUUGUAAUAUUAUUUUAUCGUCAAAGUGAAUUAAAUAUUUGUUUCUUAUAUAAUAAAUAUAUAAAUAUGAUUGUAAGUGAAUUUUAGGUAUUAUAUUAUUGUUAAGCCUAUCAAUCUUGAUAGAAAAAAAAUCAUUACACUUUAAGUUAACUUUCAUUUUUGUUUGAGGUACUUUUUUGAUUCACCAUAGGAAAGUCAUUUCCUUUUCACAAUUUACUUAUCUAUCAUCGUGUUUUAUAUUAUGCUUAAUGAUCAAUAAUAACAAUUAUUAUAGUUGAUAA